GUCAGUCAUUUGUCAAAUAUCUGUAUAUGGUUGAUUGACACGGGUGUAUUUUCCUAGAAUCUUGCAUCUAAUUCUCCACCUACGACCAUGCCACAGCCAGUUGAAGUGCACAUCAAUAACUACUAGUAUAUUAUUUGUACAGGUAUUUCACUUUCAAAUGUAGUGAUUAAUUACGAGACACGAUUUUAAUUUCCACCUUAAAGAAUAAAUUGAGAUCUGAAAGCAGUACUCGUGUGCCCCAAAGCCGCUGAAAUUUGAACUUCGUGACAGAAGCUGCACGACGUUAAUUAAGUUCAGGAUCAAUUGCUAUGGGGCAGUGGGGCCGCCGCGCCAUGGCCGGCAUGCAGCAGAUGUGGCACGCGUACCCGGUCACCAGGGGCAUGACCACCUACGCGUUGCUGUGGCCGACCUCAAACAUGGUCCAGCAGGGCCUGGACCCCGGCAGACAGCGCUACGAUCCCUUGCAGGGCCUCAGGUUCCUGGUGAUGGGAACCUUCAUCACGGCCCCCACCGUCUACGUCUGGGUUAAGAUCGCCAGCAAACUGGUGCGCGGCAACUCCCUGAGACACGCCAUGCUUAAGGCGCUGUACGACAUUACGCUGUUCGCUCCCGUGGGCCAGUCGCAAUUCUAUUUCGGCAUCUCGGCCCUGGAGGGCAAGUCCCUCGCUCAGUGUACCGACGAAGUCAAAGAGAAAUUAAUUCCUAGCUGGAAGGUUGCUGCGUGCUUCUGGCCCAUUGUUCAAACCUUCAACUUCGCUUACGUCGCUGAGCGGAACCGCGUGGUGGUGGUGUCGGUGGGGAGCUUCAUAUGGACGAUCUUCCUGUCGUACAUGCACCACACGGACGUACAAAACCGACCGAGUUUCCUUAGACCUAAGAGAACAAAUUUGGAACCGCAGCCCUGACCGUUGCACAUCUUUUAGUUCCUGAAUCCAUAGUGAAAGCUUUCAUAGUUUCAGCUCAAACUGAAGUUCGAUUGACGCGGAUCCGCAAACAUAACUCAAUUUCAGCUAAUAAUUAUGAUUCAUAUAAUUUGAACUCAUGAAAACAUGAAAAAUCAAGAAUAUUGCCUGCUCUCAUAAAGGAAAUUAUGUUUAUUUUUCGUAACUAACCUGAAAACCAGGUAAGAGAAGCAAGAAACCAGAAAUUAUUAAAUAGUCAUGAUGUGAGGGUCGUUGCGACUUUAUGCGAAAUUUGCUAGGAUAACACAAUAUCGUAUCUCAUUAAAUUAAUAGUAAAGUAUGUUCAGAGCACAAACACAAUGUUCGUCAUACUGUAUCUAUAAUAUUUAGUUUCGUUCGCUUAUAGUUUAAUCCAAUCCGUAGACUCAAUAACACGGCGGGCACCCUUCGCAGGUUCCGUUUGACAAAUAUGUUCGCUGCAUCUGCAAUUUAUUAAAGAUUAAUGCAAAUAAUACAUUUCAAUAUUCAUCGAUUACCUAAUCUUUGAAUUCUCACAUUUCAUUAAAUAUCAAUCUGGCUUUUUGAUUUCCUCGAUUAUGAUAUCUUAGCAGGCACAUUGCACAUGAUGCGGUCAUGUGCAAUUGUGCGGUCAAGCGGCUCUUAAAUUUACCUUGUUUAAAUGCUGCGUGUUCCUGCUGUGAGUGGACAGCUAUUGGGUUUUGCCCAUCAUUAUAGUCCUGGGUGUGUAUAUAUGUAUGUUAUUGCUGCAAACAUUGUUAAAUUCUGAUAAUCAUUUAAUCAUUAUUUAUAUUACUGAAUUUUAUUGCAUC